AUGUCUACCGCCUCGGAAGAGAAGAACAUCCCCGCUGCACCUCACAGUGAUGUCGAUCUCAUCAAGGAAGACGCGGUUACCGCCUCCGAUAAUGAUGCCGCAGAACCCGAGCGCCCCGUGCGAAGAAAGCUCCAAGAAACGCGGAUAACGUCAGAAGGAAACCCUUCGAUUCCAGAUGAUGACGAAAUUGACGAUCGCGGCCGUCUAAAGAAGAGGUCCCACGAUGACUUACAAGCUGAGGAAGGCACAGCAGAACAACAAACCGAUAGUGGUCACCGCAGGAAGAGGUCGCGUGAUGCGAACGAUGAUGAUGACUCGACAAAAAUCGAUGUUGACCGAAUAACUACCCCAGAGCCGACCACGAACAAGGACGACCCAUCGGCGCAUAUACUCAGUCCGAAGAAGAAGAGAAGCCUUGAUCAAUUACAAGAAAACGGUUCCAGCGUACGAAGCGAAGCGAAGGCAAGCAUCCAAGAGACCGAAAAAGAGCGUGAGACGAAGAGACAUCGCGACGCUUCACAGGACAGGCAAAUCGCUGCUGAUGGUGGCGCAGCCCCGGCCAAGUCAUCUUUACCAAAGAGCUUCCUAAACACUUCCGCCGUUUCGCCCUUUGCGUCACUAGGCUCCAAGUCAUCUGAGAGUGACGACGCCAAAUCACAAACCACAUCUUCCUCCGCAUUCGCUGCCUCCGGUCUAGCAUCAUUCGCAAGUUCAGAGCAGUCGCCUUUUGGGACCUUGGGAGGUUCAACGCCGACAUCGUCAGUCUUUGGCAAAUCGACUACUACGACAACAUCAACAGAAAAGCCUGUGGGGACCGGUUUCAGCCUAACGUCGUCUUCUGCCGCUUCUCCAUUUGCCAAUACAGGCGCUUCUGGAUUCGCAUCUCUAGGCGGCUCUGGAUUUGGACGCGGCUUUGGUAGUGGGGGAUUUGGAGGCAGAUCAACGAAACUAAGCAGCUUUGCAUCUGCUACAGGAUCAGGUUUGGGGGGUAAAUCGACAGCAAAACCAUUUGGCGCCGAGGGAGACGAGGAGGACGAGGAUGAGGAAGAAGAGGGUAAUGUGAUCACGGCCGGUUUUGAGAAGGAGAAGGAAGACGAACGAUUUUAUGCACAGCAAAUCGAGACCGGUGAAGAAGAAGAAAAGACAUACUUCUCCUGCAAAGCCAAAUUAUUCCACUUCACGAACAAAGAAUGGAAAGAGCGAGGUGUGGGCACAUUCAAGGUCAAUGUCAAAGAGCCUCCAAGCGAUGCCGAUGACGAGACACCGACGAAGAAAAAUGCGCGUAUGAUCAUGCGCGCCGACGGCGUUUUGCGUGUGAUGCUCAAUUCGCCCAUCUUCAAGGGUAUGCCAGUGGGAGAAGUCUCAGGAGAAGAGCCCAAGGGGAAGCAGUUGAAUUUGGCAAGUGUAGAAGAUGGUAAAACAGUGCCAUUGCUCCUUAGGGUCGGCAACGCAGAUUCUGCAAAGGAAUUAUACCACGUGAUAAAAGACCUCCAGGAGGAUUUAUGA